AUGCCUCCUAAGCGGCCACCUCGCUUGCGCCGACCGCCAAGAGCCACUCUGGCGACCCAGCAAGACGCUGCCAUGAACCUGGAUCGCUAUGGAACUUUCUUCACAAGGUUCGAGCCUCCAACCUCACCUAUCGAGUCCACGCCUGGCUGCAGUAGAGGGGACAGCAUCUGUCUCGAUCCAGACCUGGCGACUGAGAUUGCCAAGAAGGUCUUGCAAGCAGGACAGCAAAUGCUAGAGCAAGCCAGCACGGUUCCAGUUGCAACAAGACGUUUGGAUUCGCCAGCGCCUUCAGCAUCCCUCCUUUUCUCCAACGUGACGGAGGGCAAAGGGGACGGGAGGUACUGGAUGAACGCUGCAUCCAGUUCAGCGCAUGCCUCCGCCAGCUCUUUGGGUACCCUACGGCAUUCUGCGUCCCCAGUCUCGCUGGCUUCGGCAUUCAGCAAUAGUAGCGAUGAAGGCAGCAACACGAACGGGACAUACGAAGCGGCUCUGCACAGAAGAGGACAUGCACCCCGAGCUCAGAAAGGCAAGACUCUCAUCAGCCGAGCGUUCAAGAAGUUCGGUACCAACAGGGUCGUCUCCGACAUAGGCCCGUCGAGAUCACAAGACGAUCUUGUGAAUUGGAGCAGGAGCACGAGAGACAUGUGCUCGAGCCCGGCUCUAUCCAUCCUCUCUGCCACCAGCUCACCGGACAUCAGAUCGAGGCGAAUCUCUUCGGAGUCGGACGUGUCAAGUGCUGGGCCGUGCUCUCGUGCCUCGACUCCGACACAAUACUCGUCUCCUGCAUUCGGACGGCAUCGGUUGGCGCAGCAAGUUGCUUUCGAAGAGACGGAAGAGCUGAUGGAUGAGGGUGUCACAGCAUCGCCGAGGAUGGCCCCUGACGGUUAUUUCGAUACCAUGGUGGACAGCCACGUGCACCUCCCUUCCUACCAUCGGGGGCUCCGCAAGCAGAUCUAUCCGCCACGAGUUCGAUACGAGCUGCGCGACACGCCCAGCCCGGUAGCGUCGCCACAGAUGCAACAGCAACAGCUGCCGUCUCCGCAUUCUUCGCCUUCGCAAUGGACGACAAAGCUCGCUGGUAUCAAUUCACACUCUUUCGAACCGGUCCGAGCCGGCAGCCCACGAUUCGACUUUGCUGGCCCCCGCCGCUUUGGUGCAAGCUGA